AGAGCGUCCUUACCUAAUCUACAGGACUGGCGUCCGACCUCAGUGAGAAAUGAGCUGCAUAAAAACUCCUCUCAUUAAAGCCGGGCGGCGCGUCGGUGCAGCUCUCACCUCCUGCAGGUGUUUGCACACAGAACUAGUAAGAGCCGAGUCCAGCGGACUCCCCAUCAUUCAUCACAGCAAGUAUGUGUGCCAGCUCCCCCCCAACCACAGGUUUCCAAUGGACAAGUUUCCCCGGGUUUUACACAGUUUACUUAAAGAUCAAGUCAUCACAGAGAAACAGGUGUGGGUCCCUGAAAUUGCCUCGAAGCAUUUGCUGAGCUGCGUGCACACCGAGAGUUAUCUGAACAACUUCAUAAAUGGGAAAAUAAAUGAGCAAGAACAGAGGAGGACUGGGUUCCCCUGGAGUGAGGGCAUCGUGAGACGGUGUUGAUAUGAAACGGGUGGGACAGUUCUGGCAGCUGAAGUAGCUCUGCAGAGGGGUCUGGCUUGCAGCACAGCGGGAGGGACCCAUCAUGCUUUUCCCAGCUACGGAUCGGGGUUUUGCCUCCUUAAUGACUUAGCUGUCGCAGCCAAGUACCUGAUGGACGGCUCCACGACUAAAAGGAAGGUUCUGAUUGUGGAUCUAGAUGUGCAUCAGGGGGAUGGCACCGCUUUUAUAUUCAAAGAUGAACCAUCUGUCUUUACAUUCUCAGUGCAUUGUGGGAAAAACUUCCCCCUCCGCAAACAACAGAGUGACCUAGAUAUCAGUGUGGAGGAUGGGCUGGAAGACGAGGACUACCUCUCCACUGUGCAGGCCCACCUCCCCUGGUUGCUGGAGACGUUUCGUCCAGACCUGGUUCUGUAUGAUGCAGGUGUUGAUCCUCACCAGGACGAUGAACUCGGGAGGCUGCGUCUGACGGACCGAGGGCUCUACCUGAGAGAUGAAUACGUGAUGAAGACUGUGGUCAGAAGAGGGGUUCCUAUCGCUACUGUGAUCGGGGGAGGAUACUCGAGAGACAUCGAUAAACUGGCCGCCAGACACUCCAUCGUCCACAGAGCGGCGACUCAUGUUUGGCGGGAGUGUGGAAUGUAAGAUUUUUAAUCUCUUAAAUCCAGAGGAGCCUCUGAACUUUGACCCUAAGAACCAAUAAAAUUGAUCAUUCUGAGAGAAACAAAAUAAACAAGUAUUUGAUUUGCUUAUAUGGACACUGUGCAACACUUUAGAAAAAAAAAUUGUCUCUGUACAUCACCAUGGUGGAAAUCAAAGGAAACCCUGAAGAUGUUAUUAAACCUCAAGGAUUGUAUUAUUUAUUUUAACAUUCUCUUCAUCUUGACAGGCUAAACUGGUAAUUUGAUUAAGUGCUUUGUAGUCAGGCCCGGUUCCUCGUUAUUUCACGACAAAUUAAGGAUAAAGUGU